AUGCCUGCCGCUGAGACAUGCCGAGGAUCAGAAACGGCAGCGCGACACACCUAUGACGUCGGGUACUCCAAGUGGGACAAGUUCGAUGCGGAUGCUGCGCUGGCCGAAUUGGACCGUCCCACACCCAAGACUGACGUAGCCGAGCUUCCACGAAUGCCACCCAUUGAUCGCAGUCUGGAGCCCAUGGAGAUGCUGGAUGCAGCAAUUGCGAGGCUCCAGGAGCCUAAAGCGGAUCGACAGAUAGAUGCCGAGGAAGCGGCCAGUAUCCCCAGACCAGUCGUUCCAGAAGAGACUGGUGCUGAUCCAAGCAGUGAGUGCCAGGAAGUAAAGCCCAUCGCAGUUGACGUGGCAUCAACUACAGCCCACAAACUGACCGCUGAAUAUGAGAAGUGGCAGGAUUUCGAUGAGGAUCUGGCAGAGCUGGACGACGAUGCAGGUACAGACUUUUAUAUGGACUCGUCUGGUCUCGACUUAAAUGCACUAACCGGGCCGGAGGAAGAAGUCAGCCAGAUUCGGGCCCAUUGGCGCAGGGAGGCCAGAAAGAUGGCUAAAUCCAGCAAGUCUUCGGGACGAGAGUCACGUCAACUCCAGCCUAGUGCUCCGUUGGGAACGGACGUGCAGCCAGGUCCGGUACAGGAGCGACCUUCUGUUUGUCAAUCAUCUUCCAAUGCCAUGAAACAGAGCUACGACAAGUGGAAAAGCUUUGAUGCAGACGACGCAAUUCUGCAGCUCGACAACGAAGACACGACGGAGGAAGGAAAGGCGAUGCGGCUGAAUGCCGACCCGGGCUCAGCCUUUCUGACCACGGAAGGUUACACCAAGGAUCGUGAAGAAUAUGACUUGGAUGAAGACAUCCAGCGUAAUAUGGGGAAUUUGAAGCAGAUCCUUGCACAGAACUUCAAAGAUGCAUCGGCUUUGAAAGCGGAGGGAAACGAAAUGCUUCGAGCGGGCCAGGCCGGAGAAGCCUCUGCCAAGUAUGCACAAGGCAUUUCUACGCUACAGCUUGCAAGCCACGCUUCCGUGCUGAUGACGACCUCACUAGCGGAGAAGCAGUCCCGGCUGCUAGCGGAUCUUCGCCGCAAUUUGGCAGCUGCUCAGAUUGCAGUCGGCGAUUUUGCCGCUGCUCUGGACAGUGUGGAUGAGGUUUUGCGAGCAUCCUGCUGGCAAGCAGCCGGUUGA